CGUACCCGUCGAUCCACAACGUAGAGGCGCCGCCCGGUCAGAAACCGUCUCCUGAUAGACCGCUCGAUUCAGCCAUGCCCCGAUCACGCCGGGGAGAAGGAUCCCGCCGAGGCGGGCGAGGUUCUCGUAGCAACCCCAAGAUGGAGACUCCAGCAAGUGAUGAUGAAGCAGCUAGUGAAGUGCUCAGUCAUUACAGCAGUGCCAGUGAAAGUACCAGUAUAGCUGAGGAAGUGACUGGAGGGGAAGCAGUAGAUGAGCAAGCACAGCAAGAGGAGAUGGAAGAUAAAUUGAAAGAAUGCAUUGACAAUGUGAUGGACAAAAGUGCCAAGACCCGGCAGGUUGCCCUCGAGAGCCUGCGGCUAGCAUUCUCCUCCAAGACGCUCUUUGACUUCCUGUUGGAACGCAGGCUAACUGUCACAGAUUCCUUAGAGAAGUGCCUGAAGAAAGGUAAAGGGGAGGAGCAGGCCCUUGCUGCUACCGUUCUUACACUACUGUGCCUUCAGAUGGGCUCUGGGCCAGAAGGGGAAGAGAUCUUUCGCAGCCUGAAGCCGCUCCUCAUCACCAUCCUGACUGACUCCUCGGCCAGCCCUGUUGCUCGGCAGAGUUGUGCAACUGCUCUCGGGAUGUGCUGCUAUAUUGCUGCUGCGGAUAUGGAGGACCUGGUAUCCUGUCUGGUCUGCCUGGAAGGUAUCUUUGGCACUUCAUGCAGCAAGGAUGCCAGCUUGGCACCCUCCCAUCACAGUCCUCUGCUCCAGAUCUUGCAUUGCAAUGCGCUUCAGUCUUGGUCACUGCUCCUCACCAUCUGUCCAAGCACCCAGAUUAAGAAGAUCCUGGAUGAACAUUUACCUAAACUGCCUCUGAUGCUCUCCAGUGAUAAUGUCAACCUGCGGAUUGUGGCAGGUGAAACAAUUGCACUUCUAUUUGAACUGGCCCGGGACAUAGAGGAGGACUUCUUUUAUGAGGACACUGACCUGCUGUGCACCAAACUAAAAGCCUUGGCCACUGACAGCAACAAGUAUCGAGCCAAAACAGAUCGACGCAAGCAACGCUCCAUCUUCCGUGAUAUCCUGCAUUAUAUUGAGAAUGGGGAGUGCCAUGAGGAGACCAUCAAGUUUGGACUGGAGUGCAUGUAUGUGGACAGCUGGGCAAGGAGAAGAACAUACAAUGCUUUCAAAGAGGCUCUUGGUUCUGGUGUCAGACACCACCUGCAGAACAAUGAGUUGUUACGGGACACAUUUGAACUGGGGCCGCCACUAGUCCUGGAUGCAGCCACCGUUAAAGCGAAUAAGAUCUCACGCUUUGAGAAGCACCUGUAUAAUUCAGCUGCCUUCAAAGCCCGAACGAAAGCAAGGAGCCGUGUUCGAGAUAAGCGAGCUGACGUCCUCUGAGGACUUGUUCCCUUCUCCUCUUCCUGCCUUCCAUAGAAGCCAAUGAACUACGACAGACCUGGACCACUGUGAACCUUGCAAGUGUGGAGAGAUCUUGAGGCAGAAGCCCCCACAUGGCCUCAACCCAUUGAAAAAUUGGGCUUGGGCCCUGUCCCCCUCAACACCCCCACCUUUCUUUGGGGGCUUUUAUAUAUGUACAGAAUAAUAUUUAAAUGUCUUGGAUGUUUGAAUUAUGGUGGGAUGACAAUGGGCAGGCGCCAUUUUUAUUUUUUUAACCAAAAAUUUAAGCGAGGUUAGGUGGUGGGGAGAUUUUUCUCUCACCCCUGCUGCUUUUUUUAAGCCAGUAAUUUUUUAACCCCUUUCCCCCUAUCUCCAUUACUGAAUGUAUUAAUCAAAGACUGAAACUUCUCCCUUUGCCUCCUGCAGUUGUGAAUUUUCCCAGUGAGGACUUGGUGCAGAAGGUAGUUUUAGGAUAAGGUUAUCAACAGCAGCAUCCAAAAUGGAGGCUGCGAAAGGACUGGUUUGAGGUUGGGUGCCUUGGGAUUUUCCCCUCUGGUGUUUUUGCUGUGAGAAGGAUAAAAUGUACUUUACAGAUCAGUGUAGAUGAUUAAGUUAGGCUUGAUAGCACAUGAAGAAAUUAUACCUCUUCUCUAUUGACACAGUUGGUUAACAUUGUUGGCCAAAUUCUUCUAUCCUAUUUAUCACCACUUGUCGUUUUCUUCCUGCUCUUUGGGAGUCAGCUUUGCUCCUCACUUUCUUAUUUAUUUUUAAUGGGAAACUACUCUAUUUUGAAGACAAAAGGAGAAGCCAAACAAAGCUGGGCCUCAGGCUGAAAAAAGUUGUUUCCUUGUGUUUGGGGUUUUUGGUAGGCCUGAGCAUUCCUCUUUUGUCCAGACAGGAAGAAUCGAUCCUAUUGUGAGGAAGUUCUCUGGUUUAUGGUCUGGUUUAAAAAAAAGCAGCAGGCCUUUGACACCACAAUUGAUUUAGUUUUGUUUUUAUUAUUCAUUUUGGAGUGGGAGAGAAAAAAAUCCAUAAUGCCAUGGCAGUGGUGCUUCACUUUGUAACUACUUCAUUUUUGGCUAACUUUUCACUUUGAUUUUUGCCAGCAGGCAUUUGCAGAUGUAACAACAAUGUUCAAAUAUUAAUCUAGGCAACCUUUCUGAGUCAGGGGCACAUUUGUAAUUUUGAAGUGUCUGAAGUACAUACUGAGAAAAAUGGUGACACUAGGACAUUAGUCUGUUUACAAAAUGGCUGCGUUGGUUAACAUGAUCAGUCACCUAAAUUUAUAUGCCCAAAAGUGAAUCUUAUGUUCUCCCCCAACAUGUUCUCUGACACCCCAGUGGGUCAUUGUGCAGUUCAAAAGUUGUCAUAAAUAAAUACGGUGCUAGAACUUUCUAUUUAAUUUUUAAAAUAUGCUUUUAAAUCACAUAAAAUGGAUCAGGAAAUUGUAUGGCUGCUGAGGGGGAUGUCUGAGGCAUACUUAUACUCCCAUGCAUCCAGUUCUUUAUCCCAGAUAAUUUCCAGUUCGGUACCCUAUCCCGGUCAAAAUCAUUGUGUCUAAGGCAAAGUUGACUUAGUAGAGAUGCACUAAGACAUAUCUUUUUUUAAAAGCACUGAGAUUUCACAGAGCAUACACAUAUAUAUAUGGUGUGCUAAACCGCCAUGCUCCUCAGAAAACGUCAUUGAAAGGAACACAAACAUAGCACUUAUGUAAGUGAUAUGCAAAGGAAGUUAAUAAGACUCUUUUUUCGGAAAAUCUAUUUGGAUUUUUGUCUAAUAUACUGCCUCCCUUGCCUGUUUUUCCCAGAAGAGAAAUCUGUGUUGUUGAUCUGCUGGACUUCAGACUAUGAGCAGCAAUUAGCUAUAGGAAUAAAUUGUUGUUGUUUUUUUUUCAGGAGGAUGACUAUCAGAAAAAUGCCUGUAUAUUCUCAAUGUCUCCUUGAUAAAUACCAACUUUUAUUUAUUUUUUUAUUUUAUUUAUCCCUCUUUUAUUACUUUAUAAGUAACUCAAGGCAGCAAACAUACCUAAUACUCCUGAUUUCCCCCACAAAAAUGACCUGUGAGGUGAGUUGGACUGAGAGAGAGAAAGAGAGAUUGAUUUUGAAGUAAAAAUAACAAUUUAGUCCUAGAUAGGUUCAAAAGAAAAAAAAAACUCAAGGCAAAGCUGAGCCAAGGCCAGCUCUUGAUGAUUUCAUAGUUAUCCCCACUUAAUUUUUCCAACAACAUGCAAGUGCUUUAUGACAGCUUUCCGUGUCUUGCUUUUUCCCUGCCCCAUGUACAAUCCUGUUGUACAUGUUGUUCCUGAUGGCAUCCCAUCCAGAUUACCAAGAUGUAGCCUUUCAAAUGCACAUGCAGCUCCUUGCUGGCUUUGCAUUUGCUUCUAACCAGUUGCAUAUUCUUAUGUCACAGUGCAUUUUGAAUGGUGGUUGCAGAAGCAGAGAUCUCCCACACAAUCUCCUUACCCUAACUUGAAGCUGAUUGCCAUUUGCUGAGAACAUAACUCCACUCUGGAGUCUCCGUCUUCUUGCCAGACUACCACUGAAGCAGGUUGAAACCAGUCCAAGGUGUUCCCAAAGAAGGGGGAUAUUUUCCAAUGAGAUCUGCCAUGGAGCCAUUCAAGGUCAGGGGGAGAAGUCAACAAAGGUUGGAAAUCAGCCUUGGAACCAUUCUAGGUCACGUGGGAGAAGAGUCAACAAGUUGGUGAUCCAACGGUCACUCAUUGGCCCAUUGCAACACUGCUUGAGUAGCUGCUGGGCCUUGUGUCUCUGUGACCUUUUCUAAUUCGACUGUCAAGAGACUGGACAUCUCUUGUAUAAUUUUUUUUAAGAAAACAUUGAACAAAGCCAAAAAAAAAAAAUCUUCUUACCAAUGGGAACACUUACUGGAAAGCAGAAAGCAGAACUAUUUCCCCAGGGGAGAAGAAUGCCUGCAGGGCUUCUCUCUCUUGUGGGUCCUGCAGCAGAAGACAAAGAUAUGCUGUAGGGCAGGGCUGUCAAACUCAGCCUGCGGGCCGGAUGCAUCAUGCACUGGCCACACCCACGCCCGUUUUAGCAAAGGGGGGGAGGGUAAGUUGCGAUCUGUCAUGGGAUGCUGCUGUGCCGACCUGAGUUUGACACUCCUGCUGUAGGGGCGCUAUCUAGUGCAGUAUGGUAUAUAGUGCAGUAUGGACCAUCUUUGGUGGGAAGGUAACAGCAUUCCGUGCACCUUUGGCGUUUAGUCAUGCUGGCCACAUGACCACGGAGAUGUCUUCGGACAGCGCUGGCUCUUCGGCUUUGAAAUGGAGAUGAGCACCACCCUCUAGAGUUGGGAACGACUAGCACAUAUGUGCAAGGGGAACCUUUUUUUACUAUCUGUGAGACAGCAAGAAGCAGCAUCUCUGAUGGGCCCUCUGUCCCUCACCCAUAGCACAAGGCUAUGAGUCAGGGAGGCCAGGAUUUGCCUCCACUUCCAGCUCUUCCCACCUUUACAUUCUCGCUAAGAAGUACAAGUUGAAAAAGCACAACUACAAUACCAUGGUGCUGUAGCCACAUAGAGUUUGGCUAAGAAACCAUCUUCACCAGCAGCCAUCAGGUGGAAACCUGCAGCAGUUGGGACCCUCCCACUUUCCCACUAAUGCCACUGCUUGGGUAGGUGUGUGACUGUGAAGAAAAGAGGUUGGGAAAGGGGUUCAGUUUGAACCACAGAGUGAUUGCAGUUUUGCUGGUGGAACAAUUCCAUCCACAUUGCAUCUCUAGCAAGUCAGGUCAAUGUUACUGUUCCCAGCAUGCUUUCUUCCUUCAGGAGCAGAGCAGAAUGACUUUGAAGGAAUAGUAUUUACACAAAAAAAUUGCUCUGAAGAUGCGUAGUACUACCGCAUCAACUUCUCUAGCCCUCCCACGUCUAGCGCCCAAUUACUUUGUCUGCCGGUAUGCUCAGCUGAGCAAUCGGGAAGGGAAUAAAGGAAUCCUCCAAUCUCUGUCCUGCAAUCUACAUUAAACUCUGGCCAGCGGUAAUAUAUCUAGCCCUAUUGCUGAAGAUAGGCAGGGGAAGGGUGUGAUUUUUGCAUUGCCAUCCCUUCUUUCAAUUCCAAGGGCAGCAGGCAAGUGACGGUGUUGCUGUGUGGAUCAACCUAGCCUAAUUUCGGAAAAGGAAUACCUUGUCAUUAUCCUCUCUGCUUCCAAAGAAAAGUUAGCAUUGUUCAACAAAAGGGUGACCACAGGCAUUUUUCUAACGGGCAUUCUCCUAUUUAAAAAAAAAACAAAAAACAAAAUUUAAAUUUGGUGGUAGGAAAUUUAUAAUCUGUACAUAUUCAUAAUCUUGGUUUGAGCUACAGGAUUAUCCCUAAUCCCUAUUUUGACUUGUGGAGAGCUAGGUAGGAAAUAGCUUUGCUUGUGUGGCUGAUUUCUGUUACACUUAACAAAGAAUGAAAUUUUCUGAAGAAAGUUUUCAGGGCUGAUAACAAAUGCUCUCCCCCCUCUUUUAUUAACCCAAGACAAUAACUGGAUUCUGUGCCCAAGUCUUGUUCUUUACAUACUAACGGUCUCUUUUCUAUAGAUGGAACCCCCUUUUCAGCAAAACCUGAAGAUCAAAGAAACCUAAGGUUUUUAAUUAUAAUUCUUCAAACACAUCCCUAUCUGCAACAUUUUUUAUUUAAAAAAAAAAAACAUACCAAAUUGAGCAGUGCAUUUUGAAAAAGGUGCUCAAUAGUAGCUCUUAAAGUACUGCAAUCAAUGGGAAACAAAGCAUGUGUUAUGCUGCUGGAAGCCUGCUUAAUAGGAUUCUUGGUCAGGUAUCUGCCCCACAGUGUCCUCCCUGGACAAUCUCAAGUGGCCCUGUAUUUGUCCUACAGAUUGCAGCAGCUGGAAGACCCUUCAGUGCUUCUGUAGGACUGCUUUUGGCUUUAGAGAUUAGAUCAUCCAAGCCACCAUGCUCCAUUUCCUUCAAACUGGCAAAGCAAUGAGUUGGCUUCCACUCUUCUGCUCUGGAACUAAGCCUCCCCAAAAGAGAGGAUGGAAGUCUGGCUCAGGUCAGGUCUGGACCUCCACCUCACUGACAUUUAGCUGUCUCCAUAGCUGUAAACUCACAGCUCUCAUUUGCCGGAUGGCCUCCUCUUGAGACUCCAGCCACUGGGCAAGAUUACGGAGUGACUCACGCUGUAAGACUAAAAAGAAAGAGAAAUCACAUGACUAAUAUAAGACGUUUAUAGGGCUUCUCUUUCUGCACCAUUUUGAUAUGACCCCAUGUCACCUUGAUAUAUCCAAACCUCUCAACCUUUACAUUUAGAUCCCUAUCCCAUUUGCAAAUUUUGGAUUACGAGUCCCAUGUCUCUGAGCCGAUAAAGCCGGUCAGCAGAGAUAACAAGCUGAAAUCGAAACCCUCCUUACAUCUUGGUGAGGAACUAGACUCAACUAGGUGUAUGAAACAUGCCUUCCCAUGCCAGCAAAAUAUGUGUACUUGGGGGAUGGGAGACUGAAGAGGGCUUGGACUUAUUGAGAGGGCUGUGGUGACCAUAGAGCAGCCAGCCAUUUCUAAUGUCAAAAUGUCACUCUGCUUGACUGGUGUUGAGAGGGACUGGGGUCAUCCCAAGCUCAAGGAAGCUGAUUGAUUCAACAUGAAGCUAUUUAAUGUUCUGGGAAGAAAUAUUCCACUUUCCCUCAUGGUUCACAUUUUGACUAAGUACAGUGCUCACUUUGCAGAUGAGUUUCCUGAAUAAACCCCAAGAGGUUGGAUUGGCAGAAGAAAGCUUUGAACUAUGGCUUGGACAUUACAAUGGCUAUAUUAACAUGCUACAGUAAACUUGCGACUGGUUAUUAGAACUCACGCCCCAAAAAAAAGUAACCCUCCCUCCCGAGUUAAAUUCAGGGAGAGCAAAGGAAGCUUUGGGAAGCAUAAGUAGGUAAAAGGACAGGUCUGAGGGAUGCUCAGACUCUGAUCACAGGAAUCCUCUGUCAAAGCAACAGGGUUAGGAAUGGAUAUUUAUUGUGAAGAAAGGAUUAGAAGUCUACAAAUAUUUUGUAAUCUUACUGUGACAGCUAGAAUACUCUGAAGAAUUUAACCUGAAUUGUAAUUUUAAGGAGCCUGUUUACAAUUCUUUUAAAAUUAAAUAAUAAAUGUUAAUUUGAUUGUU